AAUCAUAAUAAGAAACGAGUAAAGUUUCUUGUUUCUUUAGUGCAUUACUGACUUACAGCCGUACUGCCCUCAUCUUGCUUUCGACUUCAUAGAGAACAAACACAGCAGUAAAAAUAACGAUGGAUCCACCUCUAGUAAUCUUUCUCUUCUUAAACUUCAUCUUGAUUGUAUCUUCGGCAUCAAUUCCAACCCAAUGUAAAAUACCAACAGACUUAAAAGUCCGCUACGACAACUUGUCCAAUGCAACCAGUGGUGAUAAUUUUUUUCUGCCCGCUGAAAUGGCUCCAGCCAAAAGUAACCAGACAACACUGACCGAUGGUGAUAAAAGCUGCCCAACAUCACCUGCAUCUAGUGACAUCCGCGAACGUUCCACCUGUCCUUGGUACCUGAAAAAUAUUAAUGAUACAACAUUUUUCCCAUCAUUACGUAGAGAAGCGGUAUGUCGCUGUACAAACUGUUCCGACCCUACGAACAAAAAUCAACAAUGUGCGACUGUAUACACUAAUAUGACUGUGCUGAAACGUACAGGUGAAUGUGUUGAUGGACUGUAUGUUUAUGAACCACAUGUGAUUGAUGUAGCCACAGCCUGUGUGUGUGCACGGACGGUUGAUGUCACUGUUGAUGGAAAAUGAGACGACUAACAGACGUAAAAACCAACCAACUGCUAAAUUGUUCAGUGCGUGUAACGCAGAAGUUGUUUACAGUAUAAUUAAAACGUCAUGUUGACCACUAUGUGGUUAUUAUUAUUUUCAUUUUACUUUUUAUUUGCUUUUAUAUUUCACUUUUUACCUUCAUCUUUGGUUAUUAUAUAUUGCUAUCUGGGACAUUUUAAUAAUCAAUUACAUCAUAUCUAUAUGAGGCACAUGAACCGAUAUGGAUCUAACAGAAAUUUCACAUGUAUUCGAGCAUUGGAGUCUAACAUUCAUAUAGGCAAGUGAAUGGGAACUUAUAUGCUAUGUGCAUACGUAUGCAUAUAAGCACACUUCUGCAUGCUUUAUUUAAUUAUAUUCUAGUAAUAUAUACGUAUACAUACAUACAAUCAGGAAUGAAAACAAAUGUAGAGCAUUCAUUAAUGCAUCAGAAGUGAAUGACUCCGAAUCCCAGCACUUCGAGUUACUCGUUUACAAUCAUCAGAUGGUAAACCUCACCUUGCUUUCUUUUGCAUAUUCAAUGUCUAUAUUUUUUUUUUGACUACGUGAAAUCGUAGCGUUUC